ACAUGUAUAACACCUACAUGCCGCCGUAUUUGGGGAAAACGAUUUUCCAACACACUAGACUUUUUCGACAAUUUUGUACAAAAUCGACAAUGGCAGAGGACAUGUUUUUAUUCUGGGGGUCUGGAAGCGUUCCCUGCUGGAAAGCAAUGCUUGCUCUCGAAGAAAAAGGCUUCAAUGGAUACAAAAACAAGAUGAUCUCCUUUGACAAAAACGAGCAGAAGGGACCAGACGUCCUCAAAUUUAACCCGAGAGGAGAGGUACCAGCUUUUACACAUGGUACAAUCGUAGUGAACGAGUCCAAUGCCAUCUGCGAAUAUCUGGAGAGUACUUUUAAGGAUAAUGGUACUCAACUCAUUCCAUCUGAUCCAAAACAGAGGGCACUUGUUCUUCAAAGAAUGCAUGAGGCGGUUGCUAACCUAAUGCAGAAGAUGCUGCUUGAUUUUUUGUAUGAAUUUUUUGAGACCAAAGAAGAAGACAUGGACCCGGAAGCACUGGCCAAAAAGACAAAGACUUUGAAAGAAGAGCUAGAAAUAUGGGACGGUUAUCUAGAGAAGACAGGCGCCUUUUUAGCUGGAUCCGACUUUUCUAUGGCGGACGUAUACUUCUUCCCUUUCAUUGCAUUUGGUGUACGUUUGGGUUUGAAUCUGGAAAAAUUUCCAAAUAUUAAAGCAUACUAUGAGAGAGCAUGCGCAAGACCAAGCAUCAAAACCACGUGGCCCCCUCACUGGAAGGAAAGCAAACCCUCUAUGACACCUUUGGCAGGUCGCUUAUAGAGACAUUUUUUAGAGACUCUUGAGAGAAAAAAUACAGUACAGUUUUUUUAUAUGAUUUAAUGGUGCCAUAUUAAUAAGAAUUUGUCUUAUUCAACAAUGUGUUCAUUCAAGCCAAACGGUGCGAUUUCAUUUUUCUUUUAUAAUAAGCAUACGUCUAUUAGUAUUGAAAUAUUUUUUUCAUUGAUACAUAACUGUAAAUAAGAAUUACGUGCAAACAGUGACAGGAAAAAAUUCAUCAAUUUGUUUUAUUAUUUUGUUAUUCUUUUGUGUAAAAUGACGAUCUAAGUGAUUAUUGAGUAGAUGGACUUGUGUUUUUUCUUAUUAAUUACCACACAUUUGCACUUUUUAUAGCUUUCGAGAGUGAUAUCAAUAUGGAAUGUGCUAAUUAAGUGGUUUGUUAGUUAUAAAAGAUUAAUCUUUCUUGUA